GGCCAGAAGGAAGCCAGCGACCAGCUUGGCUUCCAUCUUCCAUAUUGUGGAAGUUAUGUGUUGCGUUAGUUGGUGAAAGCCAGAGUGAACACUUUUAUCUGCAAAAUAAUGUUUAUUUUAAAGUGAUGCUUUAAUAAAUUCAUCAAAAAUGUCAAUUACUUCAGAUUCCAAAGCUCCUCUGAGAACUGUGAAGAGAGUACAGUUUGGUAUUCUCUCUCCAGAUGAAAUUCGUCGUAUGUCAGUCACGGAGGGCGGUAUCUGCUAUCCAGAGACCAUGGAAGCAGGCCGCCCCAAGCUGCGGGGUCUCAUGGACCCCAGACAGGGUGUGGUCGACAGGCUGUCACGUUGUCAGACCUGUGCAGGAAACAUGUCGGAAUGCACAGGCCAUUUCGGACACAUUGAUCUCGCAAAACCUGUCUUUCAUGUUGGAUUUGUAACAAAGACAAUAAAAAUACUCCGUUGUGUGUGUUUUUACUGCUCAAAACUGCUUGUCAGCCCUAGUCAUCCAAAAAUCAAAGAAAUCGUGAUGAAAACCAAAGGUCAGCCUCGAAAACGUUUGACAUUUGUGUACGACCUUUGCAAGGGUAAAAACAUUUGUGAGGGUGGAGAUGAAAUGGAUUUGAACAAAGAUAAUGUCGAUGAUCCCAAUUCACAGCAGCCGAAAAAAGCCGGACACGGCGGCUGCGGUCGCUACCAGCCGAACCUGCGGCGUGCCGGCCUGGAUGUGACGGCCGAAUGGAAGUACGUAAACGAGGACUCGCAGGAGAAGAAGAUAGUGCUGACGGCUGAGCGCACCUGGGAGAUCCUCAAGCACAUCACCGACGAGGAAUGCUUUAUUCUGGGAAUGGACCCCAAGUUUGCCAGGCCCGACUGGAUGAUUGUCACCGUCCUACCUGUGCCGCCGCUGGCCGUCAGGCCGGCUGUCGUCAUGUAUGGGUCGGCUAGGAAUCAGGACGAUCUUACGCACAAACUGGCCGAUAUCAUCAAGUGUAAUAACGAACUGAAAAGGAACGAGGAGGCUGGAGCUGCAAUGCACGUCAUAUCCGAGAACAUCAAAAUGCUGCAGUUUCACGUGGCCACGCUGGUUGACAACGAUAUGCCCGGUUUGCCUAGAGCUAUGCAGAAAUCAGGCAAACCGUUGAAAGCGAUCAAGGCGCGACUGAAGGGCAAAGAAGGGCGUAUCCGAGGUAAUUUGAUGGGUAAGCGAGUGGACUUUUCUGCGCGAACUGUGAUCACGCCGGACCCGAAUCUGCGCAUCGACCAAGUGGGCGUGCCGCGCUCCAUCGCUCAGAACAUGACAUUCCCCGAGAUUGUCACUCCGUUCAACAUCCAUCUGAUGAAGGAGCUGGUGAGCAGGGGCAACUCUCAGUACCCGGGUGCCAAGUACAUUGUGCGCGACAAUGGCGAGCGAAUCGAUCUGCGCUUCCAUCCGCGGCCGUCCGACCUCCACCUGCAGUACGGCUACAAGGUGGAGCGCCACAUCCGCGACGGCGAUCUCGUCAUUUUCAACCGACAGCCCACGCUGCAUAAGAUGAGUAUGAUGGGCCACAGGGUCAAAGUGCUGCCCUGGUCUACUUUCCGUAUGAAUUUGAGUUGCACGUCACCGUACAACGCCGACUUUGACGGUGACGAGAUGAAUCUGCACGUGCCGCAGUCGAUGGAGACACGUGCCGAGGUGGAGAACAUCCACGUGACGCCCCGCCAGAUCAUCACGCCGCAGGCCAACAAACCCGUCAUGGGAAUUGUGCAGGACACGCUCACCGCUGUCAGGAAGAUGACCAAACGUGAUGUCUUCCUCGAGAAGGAACAAAUGAUGAAUCUUCUUAUGCAUCUUCCGAUUUGGGACGGCAAAAUGCCACAGCCGUGCAUUUUGAAGCCGAAACCAUUAUGGACAGGAAAACAAAUAUUCUCGCUGAUUAUUCCCGGUAACGUAAACAUGAUCCGAACACACUCGACACAUCCUGACGAUGAGGAUAACGGACCUUAUAAAUGGAUAUCACCCGGAGACACUAAAGUAAGAGAAAAACUAACUGUAAUGCGUCUCGCGACCGCUACUCAUAUAUUUCGCAUUAUUAUUUAUCUUACUUUGCUUAUUUUUGUUUUUCUUGGCCAUUAUUUCCAGAUUGAUCAUAUUUUAAUAUUGAUGAUAUCGGAUGUUUCAGGUCACUCAAUCGGUAUUGGAGACACCAUUGCUGAUCCGCAGACCUAUUUGGAAAUUCAGAAGGCCAUCAAAAAAGCCAAAGAGGACGUGAUAGAGGUCAUUCAAAAGGCUCACAACAUGGACCUCGAGCCUACUCCCGGUAACACACUCAGGCAGACUUUCGAAAAUCAGGUGAACAGAAUUCUGAACGACGCUCGUGACAAGACUGGAGGCUCAGCUAAGAAAUCGUUGACUGAAUACAACAAUCUAAAGGCUAUGGUGGUUUCAGGAUCCAAGGGAUCCAACAUUAACAUUUCUCAGGUUAUUGCCUGUGUAGGUCAGCAGAACGUUGAAGGUAAACGAAUUCCGUUUGGGUUCCGCAAGCGUACUCUGCCGCACUUCAUCAAGGACGAUUACGGUCCCGAGUCAAGGGGCUUCGUCGAGAACUCGUACCUGGCCGGCCUCACGCCGUCUGAGUUCUUCUUCCACGCCAUGGGAGGGCGUGAGGGUCUCAUCGAUACGGCUGUCAAGACUGCUGAAACCGGUUAUAUCCAGCGUCGUCUGAUCAAAGCUAUGGAGUCGGUGAUGGUGCACUACGACGGCACAGUGCGUAACUCAGUGGGUCAGCUGAUCCAGUUGCGAUACGGCGAGGAUGGCCUCUGCGGCGAGACGGUCGAGUUCCAGAAGAUCGCCUCCAUCGACCUCUCCAACGCCAAGUUCGAGAACAUGUUCAAGUUUGACGCCGCCAACGAGAGACAUCUGCGUAAAAUCUUCUCGGAAGACGUGCUGCGAGAGAUAGUGGGCAGUGGAGAGGUGAUAUCGGAGCUGGAGAAGGAGUGGGAGCAGCUGUCACGUGACAGGGAGGCACUGCGCUCCAUCUUCCCCAGUGGCGAGUCCAAGGUGGUGCUGCCCUGCAACCUCAAGCGCAUGAUCUGGAAUGUGCAGAAGAUAUUCCACAUCAACAAGCGCGCGCCCACCGAUCUCAGUCCCAUGAAAGUUAUACAAGGAGUGCGAGACCUGCUGCAGAAGUGCAUAAUAGUGGCGGGCAACGACCACCUGAGCCGGCAGGCCAACGAGAACGCGACGCUGCUCUUCCAAUGUCUGGUGCGCUCCACACUUUGCACCAAGCUCGUCUCAGAGAAGUUCCGCCUUUCCACCGAGGCGUUCGAGUGGCUCGUCGGCGAAAUCGAGAAUCGAUUCCAGCAGGCGCAGUGUCAACCCGGUGAAAUGGUUGGCGCGCUGGCCGCACAGUCGCUGGGAGAGCCGGCCACCCAGAUGACACUGAACACGUUCCAUUUCGCCGGAGUGUCGUCGAAGAACGUGACAUUGGGUGUGCCGCGGCUCAAGGAAAUCAUCAACAUCAGCAAGCGGCCCAAGGCGCCGUCGCUAACUGUCUUUUUGACCGGCGCCGCAGCCAGGGACGCCGAGAAGGCCAAGAAUGUGUUGUGUCGACUCGAGCACACUACGCUCAGGAAGGUGACAGCCAAUACAGCAAUCUACUACGAUCCCGACCCGCAGAAUACCGUCAUACCUGAGGAUCAGGAGUUUGUGAACGUCUACUACGAAAUGCCUGACUUUGAUCCAACUCGUAUUUCACCCUGGCUGCUACGUAUUGAGUUGGAUCGUAAGAGGAUGACAGAUAAGAAACUGACAAUGGAACAGAUCUCGGAGAAAGUAAACGCCGGCUUCGGUGACGACCUGAACUGCAUCUUCAAUGACGACAACGCCGAGAAGCUGGUGCUGCGCAUCCGAAUCAUGAACAGCGACGAGAACAAACUGCAGGACGAGGAGGAGACCGUCGACAAAAUGGAGGACGACAUGUUCCUCAGGUGUAUUGAGGCCAACAUGUUGUCUGACAUGACCUUACAGGGUAUCGAAGCAAUUUCAAAGGUAUACAUGCAUCUGCCGCAAACCGACUCGAAGAAACGUAUCAUCAUCACGGAGAGUGGGGAGUUCAAGGCUAUUGCCGAUUGGCUGCUUGAGACUGACGGCACCAGUCUCAUGAAAGUGCUCAGCGAGAGGGACGUGGAUCCGGUCCGAACCUGCUCCAACGAUAUUUGUGAAAUUUUCUCGGUACUGGGUAUCGAAGCCGUCCGUAAAUCAGUGGAGAAGGAAAUGAACGCUGUGCUACAGUUCUACGGUCUGUACGUCAACUACCGUCAUUUGGCUCUGCUUUGUGACGUCAUGACAGCCAAGGGUCAUCUCAUGGCCAUCACACGUCACGGAAUCAAUCGACAGGACACGGGUGCCUUGAUGAGAUGCUCGUUCGAGGAAACAGUGGACGUGUUGAUGGACGCCGCAUCUCAUGCCGAGGUGGAUCCCAUGCGUGGAGUCUCCGAAAACAUCAUCAUGGGACAACUCCCCAGGAUGGGAACUGGUUGCUUCGACCUGUUACUGGACGCUGAGAAGUGCAAGGAGGGCUUUGAGAUCUCGGCGAGUAUGGGCGUGGGCAUGAUGGAUGGAUCAGGCAUGUACUUCGGCAGCGCCGCCACUCCCUCAAUGAGUCCGUCGCGCACACCCUGGCAGCACGCUGGCACUCCGGCCUACGGCGUCACCGCAUGGUCACCUGGCGAAGGCAGUGGCAUGACGCCAGGGGCGCCCGGUUUCUCUCCAUCAGGCUCCAGCGACGCCAGCGGCCUGUCACCCGGCUACAGUCCCGGCUGGAGUCCCACCCCGGGCAGUCCCGGCUCCCCCGGCCCCUCCUCGCCAUUCAUCCCGCCCACAGUGGGGGGCAUGUCCCCCUCCUACUCGCCCACUAGCAGCACCUACGCCCCGGCCUCACCCAGUCUGGCCCCCGCCUCUCCCAACUACUCCCCCACCAGUCCCAACUAUUCCCCGGCAUCCUACUCGCCUGCGUCCCCCUCCUACUCCCCGGCUUCCCCUUCGUACUCCCCAACUUCCCCAUCCUACUCCCCCACUUCCCCUUCAUACUCCCCAACCUCCCCAUCAUACUCCCCCACCUCUCCAUCAUACUCACCAACCUCUCCAUCAUACUCCCCCACUUCCCCUUCAUACUCCCCUACCUCGCCAUCAUACUCUCCCACCUCCCCCUCCUACUCACCAGCUUCACCAUCCUACUCCCCAACUUCCCCCUCCUACUCACCUACUUCACCUUCCUACUCCCCAACAUCACCGUCCUACUCCCCAUCCUCCCCUAACUAUACCCCUACCUCCCCAUCCUACUCCCCUACCUCUCCCUCCUACUCUCCCUCAUCCCCAAGAUACUCCCCAGCAAGUCCUUCCUACUCUCCGUCUUCUCCAAACUACUCCCCCACCUCUCCAUCCUACUCUCCUACUUCUCCGAGUUUUGUGUCCAGCCCACAGUACACUCCUACUUCUCCGCAGUAUUCCCCCACUUCCCCCAACUACUCCCCUACUUCUCCGGCGUAUUCCCCCACUUCCCCCUCAUACUCACCGAGCUCUCCCAAGCAUACUCCGGGCUCUACCCAUUAUUCGCCUACUUCUCCCAAGUAUUCUCCUACUUCUCCGACUUAUUCAAAUACCAGCCCGCAGUACUCGCCUUCUAGCACCAAGUACUCCCCUACUUCUCCCACUUUCACUCCUCCCAGUCCUCGCUACAGUCCUACUUCCCCCACUUCUUACUCCCCAACUGUUCCCGGUUACUCCCCUACUUCCCCUGUCUACUCACCAACUUCUCCAAACUACGAGUCUCCCGAUGAAUAAAUGUAUUCAUGAUUUCUUAUUUCUGAGACACUGGAUACUCACGUUUAUUUAUUAUUAUCGUACUUAUUUCCAAGUAUUCAGAUUCAUAGUUUUGUUAAUGAUAUUACUCAUUUCUGAAUGACCAGUUCCAUAAGUUCAUAACUCAUUCCUGAAUCAUCGGAUACAUAAAUUCAAUAAUAAUUUCUCAUUCCUGAGUAACCGGAUACAUGCCUUAAUUCUACUAUUUUUUAGUCACCGGUUGCAUAGUUUUAUUAUUUAUGAUUUCUUAUUUCUCACUAUUUUUGUCAUUUAUAUCUCUAGCAUUUAAGAUGUAAAUAGAUUUAUAUCGGAUUAUUUCAUACUACUUUAUCAAGAUUUGUUGCAAUUCAGUUUGCUAUGUUUUAAUAUAUUAAAGCAAUUAAAAAAAAAAUGUUGAAAAUGCUCAAAAAUAUUUAAAUAAAAAAUAUAUAAAUUGAUGAAA